UGAAUGCACUGUAUAGAUAGUACGAACGACAGUAUUGAGAUCCGUGUGAUUAAGAUGUUCGUCUGUAUUUAAAGUCCAAGUAAAUUGAUAAGUUUAUUGAGAACACCAAAGUAUUUAGAGCGAUAUUCAAAAUGACGGAAGAAGACUCGGUGUUUGAUCCUACUUUGAAAAAGAAGAAGAAGAAGAAGAAAACCACCUUUGAUCUUGAUGCUGCAUAUAAUGAAGGUGGUAGUACGGGUGAUGCAACAGAAGCCACUGGUGAUAAAGAAAAUCAGGAGCCUGAGGCUCUUGCACCAGCUGAAGAUGAUGAAGCAUUGGAUUUAGAAAAUUUUGGUAGGAAGAAAAAGAAGAAGAAAAGAGCAUUUAAUUUAGAUGAACUUGAUGCAGCUUUACCCGAUACAAAAAAAGAAGAUGUUGUUGAACAACAAACAGAGGAAGUAGCUGUGGAUGAUAUGGAUUUUGACUUAGAUAUGGACUUUUCAAAGACUAAAAAGAAGAAAAAGAAAAAGAAAGAUCUUGAUGAGUUAGUGGCUGAGGAAGAACGCAAGGAAAUUGAAGAUAAAGAAAAUGAAGACACAAGUUUAUGGGUUGGAUCGGAUAGAGAUUAUACAUAUGAUGAAUUACUGGUAAGAGUAUUUAACAUUAUGAGGGAAAAGAAUCCUGACAUGGUUGCUGGUAAAAAGCAGAAGUUCGUCAUGCGUCCUCCUCAAGUAGUACGUAUAGGCACCAAGAAAACAUCUUUUGCUAACUUUACUGAAAUAUGUAAAACACUCCAUAGGCAACCAAAACAUUUACUUGACUUUUUACUUGCUGAGUUAGGAACUAGUGGUUCUGUUGACGGAAAUAGUCAACUUAUCAUUAAGGGCCGUUUCCAACAGAAACAAAUAGAAAAUGUUCUUAGGAGAUACAUUAAAGAAUACGUUACCUGCCACACUUGUCGUUCUCCAGACACCAUUCUUCAAAAAGAUACUCGACUAUUUUUCUUACAGUGUGAAACUUGUGGCUCAAGAUGUUCAGUAGCUAGCAUAAAAUCUGGCUUCCAGGCUGUUACAGGAAAACGUGCUGCUAUUCGAGCAAAAACUGCCUAAAGAAAUUGUCAUACAUCACGUUUAUCAAUUUUGUAGCAUAAUUUUGAAAUUAUCAGAGAUUUCUUGUGUCAGAACGCAGUUUUUACUAUAUAUAAAAUAAUGGCGUGCAAUCUGAACACUCAUUUUUUACUCAUGUGAAUUGAACAUCAUCAGUUCUAAAAAAAAAAAGAAAGAACAAUUGUAAAAUUUACAGCACAACACUUUUUAUCAACUCACACAGACAAAAAGAAAUUAUACAAAUAAUUAUUUCCAAAUAACGUUUCUUCAAGUUCC